CUCAUCGGGGAGUGUGGUCCCGACAGUCUGUCGUACAUGCUCAUGGGGAAUGUUGGUGGAAGGGGCUUCUACAGCCACGGCAGCUAGGCUGGUGUGUGCAGGGAGAUCGCUGAUGCACUGCAGUUCCCUCAGGAAGCCGGCGGUGUGUCCGGGAGCGAGACGUGCUGGUCGCAUAGGGUCUGAGUCUCGACAGAGCUGGAUAACCCUGCUGUAAGGAAGCUACAGCCUGAGAUGAUAGGCUGUCUGGGAUUUCCAGGGUUGUGGCAGAUGGGUUCUUCUUUCUCCAGCAGGGAACCUGACAUGCUACGAGUGCAUCGGCCAAACGGAGGCCUGCAAUGAGACUGUAGGGACUUGCCAAGAUGACCAGGCGACAGGCGGUUGCAUCUCCACGACACAAGACAUUUCACUGGCCGGGAAUGUGCUGAUGUCCUACUCCAAGCAAUGCCUCAGCACCUAUAACAGUGAAAUAAAGGGUCCCCUCUCUUUCACGGUGGGAAAUGGCUACUACCUGAGGAUCAAUGUCACACAAUGCAACACAGAUUCGUGCAACUCAGCCCUACCUCAAGUGACCCCAGACACCACCCCGAACGGGCUGCAGUGCCCAACCUGCUUUGCUCUGAACUCCGAUACCUGCAACGGCGUAAUCACCCCCUGCACAGGGCAAGAGACCUAUUGCCUGGAAUUGACUGGCUCUCUGUUAGAAAGUAAGUUCUGCCACCUGGUUUCGGGGCGGGAGUUGCCCAGUAACCUCACACCCCUGGAGUUCCCCAGAGACCUGGUGGGACCCGGAGUCUGUGCCAAGCCCUAAGCAGGUGGGGCUGCCAAGACGGGUUUACCUCCCAGCCCAGAAUCCCCCACCCCAGCGAUGCCGCGCUGGUCUGGGGGUGAUGGCAGAAGGGUCCUUACCAGGGGGAGUGCUGUGAAGUCAGGGAUGCAGAGCUGGGGAAGAGAA